AUGCUGGAGAAGACCCCGGAUGGCAAUCGCAUUGUCCUGGUCCGGCCAAAUCUCGAGACCGCCGAGAAGCUGGACGAUUGGGCGGUGAUCGUUCGGCCGAUCACGCCGCAGGACCCGGACGUGCCGGCCUCCUUCCGGCAAACGCACAUCUUCCGCAUCGGGGAGUUCAUCAGCGCCUUCCACCCUCCGCGGGUGGAGGGCCCCGGCAUGCGCAUGUCCACCGACCCGGCCCGGCGCUGGCUGGCCUCGCGGCGGUUCACCAACCAGGGCGUCGAGACGGCCGACGAUGCUGGCGAGCCGAUCUUCACCGUUGACAAUGAGGGCAUCACCCUGCGAACGGCCGUCACCAAGAGCCCGUUCAUGGCCGGGCGCCUGUGUCGCGCCAAGUUCGAUGGCAAUGGCGUCUCCUUCAUCGGCUGA